AUUGCACAUUCAAACGCGAUGGAAACGUGGUUACCGAGCCACUCCUUGCCGAUUACUAUCUUCUGCCCGAGAUUUUUCAAUGCAAAUCAUUGGACUACUUGCGCAUCCAGUACCUUGGCGACUCAUACAGCUUCCCAAACCUGGUUUCAGCAAACUGGCUUUAUGUCACGAGUUCCGAACAGACUGUGACAUUCCCAAACCUUGCUACCGUCGAUAAGCUCGACAUUGGCGACCCCACCUCCAGUGAUUCAAUCUCCUUGAUGUUCCCUGCACUGUCUACUGUCGCUUCUGCCUACUCUGUGUCGUUCUCGGCCGUUCGCGCACAAUUCAGCCACGCUGGCCUCACAACUAUCGGUACUUUGACAACCACAAACAAACUGACCUCUCUUGUGCUCCCUGACGUGGUCAGUGUGGCCUCGUUCAACGCGACAGCCUUGGCCACCUUGACUGCGGGUUCCCUGCAGUCCAUUGGUAGCCUGACGUUCCCUGCGGGCGCUGUCAUGGCGACCCUGACUCUGCCAAGCCUGCAGACCAUCACAACUCUAAGCCUUGGAAGCUCGGCCCUGACAACUGUCACCUUGCCCACCCUGGCAUCAGUCGGCUCUUUCACAGUUCAGACGGGAGCCGGCCUGACUUCUUUGACGUUGCCCAAGCUCCAGACCAUCACAACCCUCAGUCUCGGGAGCGCCGCUCUGACAAGUCUCACCAUGGCCACUCUCACCUCAGUUGGCUCGUUCACCGUUCAGACGGGCGCCGGCUUGAGUGCUUUGACGUUGCCCAAGCUCCAGACCAUCACAACCCUCAGUCUUGGAAGCGCAGCUCUGACAACUCUCGCUUUGGAUACUCUGACAUCCGUGGGUUCUUUCGCAGUUCCGACGGGAGCCGGCUUGACGGCGUUAACGCUGCCAAAGCUGCAGACGGUGACAACCUUCAACCUUGGGAGCUCGGCGCUGACCUCUCUCACGAUGGUCACCCUUGCAUCAGCGGGCACUUUCACAGUUUCAGCUAGCGCCGGUCUGAAGUCUUUGAUUUUGACAAACCUCCGAACGGUCUCCACAUUGACUCUCGGCGCUCCAACGGUGCAGACUCUCGAUCUGAGUGGGCUGCAGACGGCCGGUACUUUGACGUUCCAACAAACGGCAACCGACUUUAUCACCAUGCCCGACCUGGCUCAGGUUGCUAACUUGGCGAUUGUGAACACCAAACUGACCCAUGUGCAAUCCAUCGGCUCGAACGGCUUGUCCAUCACCAACAGUCUCCAGAUCACCGACAACUUAAACCUAUGUGGCUUGUCCUUUGUCUAUGCCAAGUGGACGUUGCCAUCUGGCUCCGCCGCUGUGAACAUUGCCGACAACCGAGGGAACCUGCUUGCUGGUGCGGCGCAGGACUGUCUGGCCGUCAACUUCCCGCUUCCGCCACUGACGCUGACAAAGAUCCAAGCGACCAAUGUUUCAGUGACGCUCAACACGGUGCAGAUGCUCGACACUUCCGGUCCAGUGCGGCAGUACCAGCUUUCCUAUCGUCGUUCGACCGAUGCGGCCUUUAUUUCCACCCAAACUGUGGCCUACAACGGUGACACUUCGCUCUUGUACAAGCCUGGAAACAGUCGCCAGAUUCGGUGGAACAUUACUGCGCUCGAGCCAGAGACGGCCUAUUAUUUCGAGGUGAAGGCUACCAUUGGUGCUCCUCCUUCAUCUGGCCAGCGAUUCCUAACGACAUCUCUCAACGUGACCACGCUGUCCAAUUCAGGCAAUCCCAAUACGUCAGCACAAAGCAGCGGUGCAGAUAUGGUGCCGAUCGGCGCUGGCGUUGGUGGAGGCAUCGCCUUUUUGCUGAUUGUCAUUAUCGUUCUGGUUGUGUCACGCCGUCGCAAUCGCUCUUCUGUCCAAACCCGCGAUUCCACCAUGGAGCUGGCCAGCAACCCGAUCUCCAAGAAUAGCGCCAACACGGCCAUCUACUCGUCUGUGGCCAAGCCUGUCAAACCAACCAAACCGACUGCCUCCAAGGCGGCGGAGAGCCUCUAUGCCCCAGUUGCUGCCGACAGCAUGUACGCGCCAGUUGCCGAUGCGACGGACGUCUACCAAUUGCCCAGUGAUCAGCGCAACAACGGCGACGGAGACCUCUACUCUGCAGUCGAAGGCGGCUACGCCAGCCCACCCGGUGCCAACGAUGACGAAAGCAACUAUGCCGCUCCCUUCGAUCCGAAGGCUCCUCAGAAGGCCACCCACACUGGUUUUGCCGUGUACGCCGCUCCUGUCGACUCGGCUCAAGCUGCAGGCAGCACGUACGCGGCACCUGUCGACGCCGACACGUCCGGUCCGGAGUCGUACGAGUCUCCGCAGGCUCCUUCCUCCGCGGCUACUCCCGGUGCCAUGCCAGUGUACGCCAAGCCCAACAAGGGCCCUCGUUAAUCCCGGAUUGUCCUCCCGUUCUUUGUUGUUGCUGAUGUUUGUUUGCAGUCAUGUUUGCCUGCCCUGCAUUCUCUUACUCCCCCCCCCUCCUUUUCCAACCUUGCAAUGUUUUUGAGCGUGCUUUGUUUGUUUUUGUUUUGCACGAUGCUUGUGUGCCACCCGUGUUGUCUCCAUCAUCCUACUGUACUUAGUUCAAUGUUUCGAGUUGUUGCACGA